GAUAUCAACUAUCAAGCAGCGAGACUGCAGAACUUGGUAGACUUUGCUCCUCAGCUCGCUCUCUCUCUCUCUCUCUCUCUCUCUCUCUCUCUCGUUUUCUCCAAAUUUUUUUUUGUUGCUUUAUCCGUUGAUGACUUGAAAUCUUGAAAUCUUUUGGGAAACAGCUCGAGAAAUCCUAUAAAGACUCGAAGAGAUGGAAAAGAAAAGCAAGAGAAGAAGGGUGUCACUGUCAUAUUCAGUGACGGCUUUCUUCUUUAUUGUAUUGGUUGCAAAUUUCCAGGGCUCUUCCUCUGCGGCUAGUCAAACACCCACAUCCAACAAGAAAAAGUCAACCCAGCCGACCGUGGCUGCUAGUUUCGGCUCCUCUCUUCUUCUUCCCGUUGCUGGAAAUGUUUAUCCUCUUGGGUACUAUUCUGUGUCACUCAGUAUUGGCAAUCCCCCCAAGCUUUUCGAAUUAGAUAUUGAUACUGGUAGUGACCUUACUUGGGUCCAAUGUGAUGCACCUUGCACUGGUUGUACAAAGCCUCUUGAUCACCUUUACAAGCCAAAAAACAAUCUAGUGCCUUGUACUGAUCCCUUAUGCAGCGCCAUCCACUCUGGAGGAAGCUUUCAGUGCGAGUCUUCUAAUGAUCAAUGCGAUUAUGAGGUUCAGUAUGCUGAUGAUGGUUCAUCUCUUGGUGUGCUGGUCUUAGACCAUUUUCUCCUAAAAUUAAUGAAUGGUUCUCUCCUCAGACCUCUAAUGGCCUUUGGGUGUGGGUAUGAUCAAAAGAAUCCAGGCCCACUUCCACCUCCUUCCACAUCAGGGGUCCUUGGCCUUGGCAAUGGCAAAACAAGCUUUAUUUCACAAUUGCAAACCCUAGGUAUAGUAAAGAAUGUUAUUGGACACUGUUUGAGCAGGCUGGGGGGAGGAUUUUUAUUUUUUGGAGAUCAUUUUAUCCCUUCUUCAGGAAUCAGUUGGACGCCAAUGAUCCGCAGUUCAUUGGAAAAACACUAUUCAUCAGGACCAGCAGAACUUCUUUUUGACGGAAAGCCCUCAGGAAUGAAGGGACUAGAAUUGAUUUUUGAUAGUGGGAGCUCUUAUACUUACUUCAGUGCCCAGUUAUACCAAGCCACACUUAAUUUGAUAAGGAAAGAUCUUUCUGGAAAGCCUCUAAAAGACGCACCAGAGGAGAAGGCCCUCUCUAUCUGCUGGAAAGGUGCAAAGCCCUUCAAAUCUGUUAGUGAUGUGAAGAGCUACUUCAAGCCCUUGUCACUAAGCUUUACAAAAUCUAAGAAUGUUCAGCUGCAGUUGCCACCUGAAGGUUAUCUUAUUGUCACGAAAAAUGGAAAUGUGUGCUUGGGGAUUCUAAAUGGCACUGAAGUAGGACUAGGAAAUAUCGAAGUAAUUGGAGACAUUUUUUUACAAGAUAAACUGGUGAUAUAUGACAAUGUUAAUCAUCAGAUCGGCUGGGUCGCUGCAAAUUGUGACAGACUUCCCAAGUCCUGAACUAUUCUCUAGUGAUAUUCUUCCUUUCAUGCAAUUUUGCUGAAGGACUCUCUCACUGGGAUUUUUUUUGUUUUUGUUUAUGAUUAUUGACAGUGUUGACCGUGAUAAUAAUGAAGGUCUUUGUCAGCCUUUUGCAACUAAUUAUGUUAUCCUAGACGGGCACUGUCCAUCCAGAGUAUGAAGACAAUUAUGGACAAAGAAUAAAUAGUUUCAUGGCAUUAUACAUAGUAAAUACACAUACAUUUCAGUCACUCAGGUUUACAAAUUUUAAUGUUGUUCUUCUUCUGUGUUCUGUAGUCUUCACAAUACAUGUAAUUGUCUGAUCCCACAUACACAGCAUUGCUUACAAAUUUAUGGCACUGUAGCUUCUAGUGAGAGUUAUAGACGAGGUGGUAUAAAUUGAUUCAGUUACUUCUGUUACUGUGCAAAUUCGUUACUAUUGCAUAACACCAGUAAGAGAUCAAACAGUUGUUCUGUUGAUGAUUGUCAUCAAUUACAUGUAAAAUUCAGACUGUCCUUUCUGUA